CGUGGUGUACUUUGUCUUUGGCGGCACCCGUAGCCUGCGACAUCGGAUGACGUUCCACCCGAGAAGGAGUUCUGUAAUCCAAACAUCGACGAAACCUCAUCCAUAGCUAUUUAUCGAUAACAAAUUCGUUAUACCUCAUCAAGUAACUUAACAGCAUGGCUGCUCAGAAAAUUAACGAAGCUCAUGAGCACAUAGCUAAGGCUGAAAAAUGCUUAAAGACCGGUCUGACAAAGUGGAAGCCUGAUUUUGACAGUGCUGCGUCAGAAUACGCCAAAGCAGCCGUGUGCUUCAAGAAUGCGAAGCAGUACGAGCAAGCGAAAGAUGCUUACCUCAAGGAAGCUGAAUAUCACACAGAAAACAAGACGCUUUUUCAUGCUGCAAAGGCUAUUGAACAGGCGGGUAUGAUGAUGAAGGAACAAAAGAAGAUGCCAGAGGCCAUCCAGUACAUAGAGAAAGCCUGUAUGAUGUACAUGGAGAAUGGGACUCCUGACACUGCCGCCAUGGCUCUGGACCGGGCUGGAAAACUGAUAGAGCCUUUAAAUCUAGAGAAAGCUGUGGACCUGUAUCAGAAGGCAGCUGGCGUGUUUGAGAAUGAGGACCGCCUGCGUCAGGCAGUUGAACUGCUGGGGAAAGCCUCCAGACUUCUGGUCAGGCUAAGAAGGUUGGAUGAAGCAUCAGUCGCGCUGCAGAAAGAGAAGAACAUGUACAAAGAGAUUGAGAACUUCCCCAUGUGCUUCAAGAAAACAACUGCUCAAGUGCUGGUUCAUCUUCACAGAGGGGACUUCGUUGCAGCUGAUAAAUGUGUCAGAGAAAGUUACAGUUUGCCAGGCUACAGUGGAAGCGAAGAUAGCGUUGCCAUGGAGACACUACUGCAGGGCUACGACGAGCAGGACGAGGACCAGGUCUACCGUGUGUGCAACUCACCUUUACUGAAGUACAUGGACAAUGACUACGCCAAGCUGGCCAUUUCCCUGAGGGUACCUGGAGGAGGAGGAAAGAAAAAGAAGGCUGCUGCUGCUCCACAAGGCGGUGCUAGUGGGGCGCCAGCCGCCGCCGAGGAUGAGGAUGAUUAUGAGGGAGGGCUGUGUUAGCCUGGAGUCUCCAGAGUGCCGACACUACCCAUCUGCUGCUCCACCACUACACCCUCUGUGUACAAGUUAAAAACCUUGACAAAUUCUUUGAGCUCUGAAGCCCAGAUGUGUGGCUGUUUAGUGUGCAAGAAAGAAGAAAAAAGCUACUUUAAAAAAAACAACAGUUGGGGUUGCAUAGGAGUCGACCCAAGUUCAAGCAGCCUUUUUAAUUUGUGUUUCCUUGAGGUGGAUCCUCAGUGUAAUGAAAAAUCUUCAAUGUUCAAUAAUGUAUGGAAGCCUGUUGUAUGUAAAUGUUCAAUUACGUGAAGCUGUACAUUUUGCUCUUGUCGUUGAGUCCUAAGAGUGCUAUAGGUAUAAUCAGAAAUACUCUAAAUAUGUUUAAUGAGUUUGUCAGUGUAUAGGUGUUUAUUUGUACAGAGUUAAAUUAUUCAGUAUUCAUGGCUGCAGCCUGUUGAAAAUGUUACCGGAACAAUAUGCAAUCAGUUUGUAAAUGCAUGUUUGGAAUAAUGCAAUGGUAAAUCAAAGCUAUGAAUAGCACUUAUUCAAGUUAUCAAGAAAAAGUACAAUUCCUGAUGGCGCAGCUUGUAGCCAAUUGUAGUUUUUGAGGUGUGUGUGUGUGUUCUCUUCCACCUUAAACUAAAACAUAGUCAUGGCUGUGUCUUUAUUUCCAAUUCCCUCUAUUCAUUUCCUCUUUGAAGCUGAAUUAGUGUAUUUAUGAUUUAGUUCAUCGCUCAAAUGUGAGAAGCACUAUUGGGGACAAUAUCAUUUACAUGCUACUUAAAAUUAUUUGGAUACCACGUAACUAAAGGUGAUAAAGGGAUUAACAUUUUUUAUUUGUGCUGUUGCCCACUUCUUGUAUAUUCCUCAAGAGCAUAUCUCAAAACGUUGCACAUGCAUCAGUAAACAGUUCCAUUGUGUGGCAUUUUAUGGUUUCUGUGCAUUUUCUUAAAUGAGUUAGUGGACAGAUUUUCCAUCUUAGUGAACAGCGGCUGCAGACGUCUGGCCCAAAAUGGCCUCUGACAGACAUGUAAUGACUGUGUAGCCUCCCAAGACCUAUUUAGCUUUAAUGAGGCUAAUGCUCUUCCUGUUAAGCGAUAUUUAAUGCAUACACAUUCAUGCUACUUUUGUGAUGCCCUCUCAUUAUCUGUGAUGCUUCCGUGCAUUAGCAAGAUCAAGACUGGACUUGAGUGUACGUACAUAAACUGUGCCAUUGGUGAAAAUAAAAAUGCUAAACUGUU